UGAGAUGAACUGCAAGGUGCAUUCAGAAACAGUGGAAGACUGAAUUAGGUUCAUUCUUUGUGGAUGUUUUAAGCAAAGCAUUGGAAAGAACGCUGGGGCUGGAUGGGAUGGAUUGAGUCAGCACAGAGAUUCCUGAGACAGAGCUCCACAACGUGCUGCUGCUGCUGGAGAAGGUGAAAAGGUGAUGUGAGCCCUGCUCUGAUGAACACUCUCUCACAGCCAGGCUCUGUUCCUCUGGCACAAGGAAUAUGCUGGACCAUAUCAGACAUGAAUGCAGAGCAUGUGGUGGUCACUCAGGAAACUCUAGUGGAGCAGUUAGUGAAAAAUUAUCCAGGCAUUGCAGUGCCCUCCCACAAUGCAUUAUAUAAUAUCCUUGGCACUCUAAUUAAGGAAAGAAAAAUCUAUCACACAGGAGAAGGAUAUUUCAUUGUGGCUCCCAACACUUACUUCAUCCCAAAUGAUGCCACAGAAGACAACAGAAGGAUCCUGCUGGAGGACAGCUGUUGCUGUUCAUCCCCUUCCGUCACUGACCUGGUGAACAUUAAGUCCUGCACAGACCUAGUGAAAGAAAGCAUUCCUACAGUAUCCUGUUACAGAUCCUGCCAUUGCUUCCCUGACCAAAAUGAACUCUGUGAGCAAAGGCAAGGGCAGGUGAGUAGCCAUGGAUCUAAUGCACAGGGACAGAGAGGCUGCAGUGAAUUGAAGCCUUCAGCUCAAACUCAAGGCAUCUCCACAUCUGCUGAGAACCAUUCCUGGGACACCAUCAAAUCCCUGACAUCUGUGAAAGCAAAACUGAAAAGCAAAAUGUUUGGCCUUGGCCUCUUCUGGAGAAGUGGUUCUAAGCAAGAAAAACACAAGAAGGAGUACUCCACUUUCUCAGGCCAGUUUCCUCCCCAGGAGUGGCCAGUCAGAGAUGAAGAUGACCUGGACAACAUUCCACGUGAUAUUGAACAUGAAAUCAUCAAGCGAAUUAACCCCACUCUUACCGUGGAUAAUUUGAUUAAACACACAAUAUUAAUGCAGAAGUUUGAGGAGCAGAAAAAAUGCAGCAGUGAAGAGAAAAAAUACAUCAGUGAUGGUACCUUGGCUGAAGUGCCAACACUCAGGCAAAACCACCUCUCAAAGGAUCGUAUUCAAAGGGCACCAAGUAAAACAGCAAAACACACCAGGAAAAGCAGAUCCAAGAGGGAAAAGCAGAUGAGCAGGAAACCUUACAGACAGAAGGUAACACCCCAAAAUGUGCAACUGGCAGAGAGCUUUUCCCUGCCCAACAAACCCCAGGAGCCGCCUGCUGCAGCAGUGCAAUCCCAGGGGAUCUACAAGAGGCAGAUUAAGAAUCCUUUCCAGGGUCUGCCAUGGAGAGCUCGCAGCUUUCCUGCCAGGGGGCACCAGGGUGGUGCCAGCAGCCAGCUCCAGUGCCAGACUCGCAAGGGAGCAAGGGCUUCCCACAGGCCACAGCCCUCGGCCUCCUCAGGACCCUCUGGCUGUGAAACUGAAAGGCUGGGGGCAGAAAGUGAGGCUGGCAAAGCCAAGCAAAACAACCCACUCCGUGUUCAUAGGUGUGACCUUCAGCUAAAGACAGACAGUGUCAGUGAAAGGGGUGGUUAUGCACAAGGCAGUAAUGUGCACAUAGAGAACAGAAGGAGAUACUUCCUGGACAGUAAGAUUUGUGAAGAAAAUGUCUAUAAAAGAACAGUAAACAAGAAAUCCCCUUGCUCCUACGCUGAAGAUAGUGGUGUGUGCAAAGAGGAUGCAAGAUGUCCAUCCCACCUGAAGGAUGAGCAUUGCAGAUGCAAAGCAGACGCUGUAUGUGAGCUCUUAGAUCAAACAGCCAGUGACUUUCAAAAUGUCCAUCUUUCAAAUUGCACGGCCAGUGUUAAGCUGGCCCCCAAAAACGGUGUGACAUACAGAGCAAAGACUGAACAGAGUGAACUUCCAUUUAACCACCCUGGACCAAGGGAGCUGGAAAGGGAAGGGUUCACUGCUAACUCCCAUCUUCUACUUUUCACUGCUACUGAACGCCUCUCUGCGGUAGUUUCGGAGGCUGAAGCCGUCGGUUUGUAA